CUGGGACAUCGAUACUUUCUUCGACAAUUCAAACACAGUCAGUCAUAACAAUGGCAGCUGGCCAGAAGCUCUAUCCAAGAGCUACCGUCAAGAAGAUUGUCAAGGCCCAUUCGAAGCGGAACGUCAGCAAGAACGUCGAUGUUUUGAUAUUUCUCGAUUAUGCGCUCUUCCUCCAGACAUUGAUGAAGGAAGCCAGCAUUAACGCAAAGCAGGCAGGAGAACGAGGUAUCAGCGCGAAAAGCGUCAAGAAAGUCACAGCCCUGUCGCUCACGAAAUUCAAGGGAUGAGCCAACUUAAUACAACAACGGGAUUGGAUGUGUGAAUAAAAUUAUAGAGGAAUGUCAACAGCAGAAAGCGUAAUGCAGGAUCUUCCAAAAGUAGAAGAAGGUGAUUAUGCAAGCAAGCAGCAUCAGCUCGAGACUGAUCGUCCUCACCACGAGGCUACAAGGCUGUGGAUUGGUCAGGGGGUAGGAGAAGUUGACAACGCAUCGUAAAAGUCGAAGCCCUGCAAACGUGCUCUCUUCAGAAGCCAAGAAAUAAAUAUGUUCGGGACAAGGACUGCGAUGCAGUCAUAUCCAGCAAAGCAAGAUAUCAAAU